GGUGGGGAGCGGAGCGUCUCGACAGGCGGCGUGAGGGGUUCAGGCACGAGAGAAGAAGGAAGGAGAGAAGGAGCCGCGCCAGAGUUGCAGCGAAUGCCGCUGCUGCUACGGCUGUUCCUGCCGUGGGCAGUGGUGAUGGCACAGAUGAAGGGACAGUUUAAUCACUGAACACGGUCCACGUUUGGGAGCGGCGUGCGCGGAGCUUCGACAAGGCUUGCGUGAGUGCCGCUAUGGACGCCAGGUCCAAGGCCUUAUUGGCCUUCCUGGUUUCCAUGGUGAUCGCGUUGAGCAACGCGAACCCUCCACCCGUGGAGCCCCCUGGAGCGCCGUUACUACUGACGCCCUUGCUUGACAACGGAAAUAUUGACAAGGCUCGGGCGCUGAGUGAGAUAGACCGGGAAGAAUUCCCGUCCCUUCCUCGCAGCCAUGCGGGGUACUUGACGGUGGACAAGGAGUUAGGAAAUCAUUUGUUCUUUUGGUAUUUCCCGUCUCACACAAAUCCCAAAGCUCCUCUUCUCAUAUGGCUAAACGGAGGUCCGGCUGUAUCAUCUAUGCUAGGCCUGUUGUGGGAGCAUGGGCCCAUUGAAGUACGUACGGAUGCACAAGAGAAGGUCACAUACGGAGCGAGAAAUCACACGUGGGUCGGCCCUUUUUCUAUCGUGUAUGUGGACAACCCGGUGGGCACAGGCUACAGUUUCUCUGACAGUGGCGCCAAGGGCUUUAAGAUCACUCAAGACGACUACACCGCCGACCUUUACAGUUUCGUGCUCCAGUUCAACAAGAUGUUCCCUGAAUUCAAAACCAGAGGCAUGUACAUCGGAGGACAGUCGUACGCUGGCAAAUACGUACCAUCGCUGGGAUACAAAAUUCAUCAGAGUAAAAAGACGGACAAAGCGUGUGCUGAGUUAAAGCUUCUCGGAGUGGUGCUGGGUAGCCCGUAUUUUGAUCCGGAGACGGAAAGUGUAGCGUUCUUUGACUACUUAUACGCCUUAGGAGCUCUUAGUCAUGCAGACAAGGAGAGGCAUAAGAAAAAAGUUGUAAAAAUGUAUCAAAGCUUCUUAGACGGUGGCCAGUCAAACGCCACAUUCUCCGAACUUUUCACCGACCUUGUGCUGCUCAACGAACUUCCUCUGCCAUCUUUGGAUAACUACGUCACGGGCAAAGACGCCAACUACAACGCUGUUCAGAAAAUGAUGACGUCCAAGGAGUUCCGGAAAGCGGUGCAUGUCGGGAACACCAAGUACUUUGUCUCAAACGACGCAUUGUCAGAAAUGUACGGGCCGGAUGUGCUUGUGAGUACAAAAGCCAAGCUGGCAGUUCUCAUGGACAACUACAAGGUCUUGUUGUACAACGGGGACUAUGACGUCGUGGUCAGUUCGGCCAUGAUUGAGGCGGCGUUAUUGACCAUGUCCUGGUCCAGACAACGCGAGUACAACGACACGCACAGACUCACCUGGAAGGAAAAAAGUAAUCUGGGAGGUUUCUACUCCCAGACCGGACAGUUCUGUCGAGUGGUCAUCCAUGGUGCUGGACAUCAGACACCGCAUGACCAGCCCGAAGCCUGCUUCAGAAUGGUGGACGCUUUUGUACAUCGCGGUUGUAUUGGUUCGGGAAACGCCUAGCGUGUGGCUGGUAUAGCGAUUUCGGCUCUGUGUAUUUGGUGUGUGAGUAUAUCAUGUGGGUUUGUGUGACAUAUCUGACUGUUUUGAAGGGCUGGAUCCUCGCUUGUUGACAGCGGGGCAGCCUAGGUGUGUGUAGGUCAAAUGUGUUCUUUUUGGGGCAGGUGUGUGUGUGUGUGUGUGUGUGUGUGUGUGUGUGUGUGUGUGUGU